GCCGAAAAGAAGGAAAACAAUUUUUUCCUGUUAUUAAAAACAUAAUUCAAAAAGAGUGCAAAAGUCAAGUAUCUGUCAAUUUGCAGUUUUAGAAAUGAGGAAUUUCGAUAAAAAAGAUUUUUAAAAUGGCGACCAAAAAAAGAAUCUUGAUAAUAGGAGGCGGAUUCGCUGGCAUUACAGCCAUAAAAAGUUUGAAAGAGGAAGGCCUUGAGCCCGUAUGCUAUGAAGCAUCUGAUGCUAUUGGCGGUACUUGGCGAUACAGGGAUGAAGCUUCUCUUGGCAGUCCAUCCAUAAUGCCAACGACAACAAUCAAUCAGAGCAAGGAAAUGGGAGCCGUCUCGGAUUGGAUGCCUGAUAAAGCUCUUCCAAAUUACAUGAAACAUUCUCAACUGCUUACAGUAUUUCUUCAAUACGCAGAACACUUUGACUGUUGCAGACAUGUUACCUGCAGAAGGAAAGUUCUAAAAGUAGUUCGCUCUAACGAUUACGAUGAAACUGGUAAGUGGUGCGCUGUAGUUCAAAACAUGGAGACAUCACAAAUAGUUACAGACACGUUUGAUGGAGUGAUAGUAGCGGUUGGUCAAUUUGGCUAUCCGAAAAUGGCGCACUAUCCGGGACUUGAUGAAUUUAAAGGAAUAAAAAUGCACACACACGAGUUGAAACAUGUUGACAUUUUUAAAGGGAAGAAUGUUCUGAUUAUUGGAGCUGGAUGUUCAGGAUUAGAUGCUGCUGUUGAUAUUAGCAACGUGUCUAAACAGGUUUAUCUCAGCACCAGGAGUGGGGUAUGGAUUAUACCAAGAGUUGGUCCGUAUGGAUUACCACUUGAUUUCUGUUAUCUAAGAAGAAUAUGGUGGUCGUUGUUCACCCUUCUUGGCCACAAUGUGGGAAGUCGGUUUUUAGAAGAAAAAGAACUAAAUAGAAAAUUCAAUCAUAAUUUGUACAAUAUUAGACCAACCUAUCGCGUGCUUUCAAAAGAUCCCUCUGUUAACGACAUAAUCCCCAGCAGGAUUUUAACCAAAUCCGUUAUUGUCCAAAGAGAUGUUAAGUACUUUACGGACAGUGGUGUUGCAUUUGAAGAUGACUCGAAAGUCUAUGAUAUUGAUGCAGUCAUAAUGGCCACUGGCUACCAUUUGGAAUUUCCUUUCCUUGAAGACGAUAUUUUCGUAAACAAAAAUGGAAGAAUAGAAUUGUACAAGUGUGUGUACCCUCCUAAAUUGAAACACCCAACCUUGGCUAUAGUGGCGCUAGUCUUACCCUUUGGGCCAGGAUUCCCAUUGGGCGAAAUGCAACUACGUUGGAUUUCAAGAGUAUUCAGCGAAAAGUGCAAGCUACCGACGAAAGAAAUCAUGAUGCAAAGCAUCGAAAAACGACAUGAAGAAAACGUAAAACGUUACGUCCAAUCCGAUAAAAUGUCUAUACGAGUAGACUACAUAGAUUAUUUGGACGAACUAGCUGUUGAGAUAGGAGUGAAACCUAAUUUCUGGAAUCUUCUUUUUACUGAUCCAAAACUAUUCAAGGCUUUAAUUUUUGGGCCUUCGGUUCCAUACCAAUAUCGUCUAAUUGGUCCACAUAAAUGGGAUGGAGCAAGGAACGCCAUACUUACGACUUACGACAGAGUACGUUAUCCUCUUUCAAGCGGAAAACGAAAGCCCUUAAAAAAGACUCACAGUGCUAAUAAAUUAAUUAAAUAUUUAGUUGCAAUUUUAUUGUUCUUAGUAUUUUUUAAUAGUGGAGGAUAUUUAUUGAGGUAUUGCAUAUUAUUGUUGAUAGCUUUAUACAUAAAAUCAAUGCAUUCAUUUGGUUGGAAAUAUUUUCUUCAUGUACUAUUGUUGCCUUUUUAUGUGCCUUGGAAUGGUUUUGUACCUUCAUUCUUCGUGAUUUUGUUUGUUCCUUUUAUAUUAGCAACAAUACCAAAAUCUUAAGAUUUAGUUACGUUAAGUUUUAAAAAAUGUACCGUGCCCAUAAAAAUAAAAGGAUUACCCUGAAUAAUGAUGAGAGUUUUAAUAACAUGAUUUCUUAAAGUGCGAUUUCUCAGUAAGAGUUUGACAGAUUUUGCUCAAAUAUUAUAUUUUGCUAUAUAAAAUUAGAUUCUUUGAAGUGAUGUAAAAAAAUUUUGU